UUAACUUUGAAGACCAAGGGAAAUUCCUCCCACUUGAAGUCCAUUCAGUCAUGUACCAGUAUUCAACUGGAAAGCACCCUGAAACAAUCGAUAUUUUCACGAGAAUAGCACUUUUAUUGUAACUGAUAUGUCCUCCAACAACAUGUCGGACCCCAGAAGACAAAAUAAGAUACUACGGUACAAGCCCCCCACCACGGAGACCAAUCCCACACUGGAGGACCCCACGCCGGACUACAUGAACCUGCUGGGCAUGAUCUUCAGCAUGUGUGGGCUGAUGCUCAAGCUGAAGUGGUGCGCCUGGAUCGCCGUUUACUGCUCCUUCAUCAGCUUCGCCAACUCCAGGAGUUCGGAGGACACCAAACAGAUGAUGAGCAGCUUCAUGUUGUCCAUCUCGGCCGUGGUCAUGUCUUACCUUCAGAACCCUCAGCCCAUGUCGCCGCCGUGGUAACCGAGAGGAGGCGUGGCCACAAAGCCGCAACAGCAUAUUGUCCCGCCAGGGGGCGGAACGGACGGCAACCGGAAAGUCAAUUAAACGGAGCCGAGCGUGACACCAGGAUGGCCUCGUCUUUUUGACCUGUUUUGUGAUAUUUGAUGUUUUGCAGGAUCAUGCAAAUGAAUAAAAAGUUGG